AUGCCAUCUUGUAGCGGCACGUUGAGACAAAAGUGUUUCCCUAUUGCCGUUCCGAUCUCACUCAAUGCACCCCCAAAAAAGGAUGAUCGAUGGUCCUCAACGUUACACCUUCCAAAGACUAAAUUUCAAAUCCGUCAUGACAUUCCCACAAGUGAAGCAUAUUAUCAACAGAGAACAACAACGGAGCUCUACAAAUGGCAAGCUGCCCAAAGUGAUCGACCUGCAUUUGUACUGCAUGAUGGUCCUCCAUAUGCCAAUGGCUCCUUGCACGUUGGUCAUGCGCUCAAUAAAGUUUUGAAGGACGUCAUUAAUCGAUAUCAAGUCUCGAUAGGAAAGAGAGUACAUUAUGUACCCGGUUGGGACUGUCAUGGUCUUCCAAUCGAAAACAAAGUGUUUGGAGGGGAGGAAUUCCAUGGUCUUUCACCCAGAACGGCACCUCCAGACAAGGUUCGUGGGAAAGCAAGGGAAUUAGCAAGUGAUGCAAUGCAGGAACAAUUGAACUCUUUCAAAAUGUAUGGUAUUAUGGCUGAUUGGAGUUCAGAGACGACAUAUAGAACAUUCGAUAAACAAUACGUGCGUAGGCAGAUGAGAAUCAUGCGGGAAAUGGUUCGAAGGGGACUCAUCUAUCGUGCUCAUAGACCGGUAUAUUGGUCACCUUCUUCUCGAUCAGCUUUGGCUGAAGCAGAGAUAGAAUAUGAUGAAAACUAUGUGAGUUCAUCCGCAUACGUCAAAUUUCCUCUCAUUGCAGGCCCGACACUGUUGAAAAAGGCCAAUGAUUCCAAGAAAGCUUUGGCGGGAAUACAAGAAGGAACGAACAUCAUCAUUUGGACAACAACACCAUGGACACUUCCUUCCAAUAUGUCCGUUAACGUGAACCCAUCUCUCACUUAUUGCAUCGUUCGAGCAAAAGCAGGUCCUUGUGAUGGCGACUAUCUGCUCAUUGCAAAGGAUCGCAUACCAAACUUCGAAAAGCUAAAGAUCGGACUGAACUCAACAGGUGCAAGUGGACGGCCUGUUCUAGGCGAUUUGGAGAUUUUGUUGGAAUUUCAAGGCACGGAUCUGAUCGACUCAACAUACCGUCAUCCUUUCUUGCCGAGCAACGAAAGCGCCCGGCCAAUCAUUGCAGCGAGCUAUGUCACCGCAGAUUCCGGUACCGGUUUGGUGCACAGUGCUCCUGGACAUGGUAAAGACGAUUACAAUGUUUGGCAAGAGUACUGUCAGACCAACCCGAAAGCAGCGCAGGAAGCUAUCAUCUCACCUGUUGAUGAUUCCAGCUGCUUCACAAAAGAUGUGCGAAAGUUGAUUGGAAAGUCACGAGAUAACGAACUGAUGGGCUUGCCUGUGCAAUCAGAGGGCACAAGACAAAUUAUUAAACAGCUGUACAACAGCUUCGAUCUUUUCACCGAAAUUCGAUACCAGCACAGAUACCCUAUCGAUUGGCGUACAUCUCAGCCGGUCAUUGUGAGAUGUACUUCUCAAUGGUUCGCAAAUUUGGAGGCGAUCAAGGAGAAAGCAUUGGCAGCGUUGGAUAAUGUCACCUUUUCACCAGCCUCAGGGAGGGGACGAUUAGAGGCGUUGAUACGGAAACGGAAUGAAUGGUGCAUAAGCCGACAACGUGUUUGGGGUGUGCCCAUUCCGGUGGUCUACAAUAUGGAGAAUGAUGAACCUUUGUUGUCGAUUGAGAAUAUGGAGCACAUCGAAAACGUGCUCAUGGAAAGAGGAAUAGACUACUGGUGGCAAGGAGAUGCAGAGGAGUUUGUCAUUCCUUCUGAGCGUAAAGGUGGUAUCAAAUGGCGCAAGGGCCAGGAUAUUGUCGAUGUAUGGUUUGAUAGCGGCUCAUCCUGGAGCCUUUUGCCGGAAGCGCAAGAUUCAUUUGAUAAAGAUGGAAAUCUCACGAUCCCCAAUGCACCGAUUGCAGACCUCUACCUUGAAGGAACUGAUCAGCAUCGAGGCUGGUUCCAGUCAUCCUUGCUAACGUACAUUGCCAUGGCCGAUUCCGAUUCUCCUUCUGCGCCUUACAAGAAUGUGGUCACACAUGGAUUCAUUAUUGACAGGAAAGGCGACAAGAUGUCAAAGUCUCGAGGAAACGUAUUGUCACCGCAAGUCAUAAUUGAAGGAGAAGGAACUAGAUACGGUGAACCACCCUACGGAGCAGAUGUACUUCGAUUUUGGGCAACUCGUGGUGACCCGCAAACCGAUGUCAGAAUUUCGCCUUUGAUCAUCAAAAAGGCAGCUGAGGGGAUGAGAAAGUUGCGCAAUACUUGUCGAUUCAUCUUGGGAUCGAUUCCCCCUGCUGGACAAGGACCUAAGUUGCAAAAAGAGCAAAUGGAUAUCCUAGAUCGAUACAUCCUUAAUAGAUUGUUGGAUUUGGACGAAUCUUGUAGAAAAGCAUAUGACUCUUUCGACUUCGCCCAAGUUGUUCGAAGGGCUAAUGAUUUUUGCACUACAGAUCUUUCUAGUCUAUACAUGGAUAUUGUCAAAGACAGACUGUACUCUGACACGCUGGACAGCACCAGAAGACAGACCACCGUUGCCAUUUUGGAUCAAGUUUUGCGUACGAUCGUCUCCAUUCUGGCACCCAUCGUGCCACACAUGGCUGAAGAGAUUCACCAAUUCUACAUCGGUGAAGAGAACACAGACCAGAAUGAGUCUGUAUUUAAAGUCGGUUGGCAAAGCGUUCCCGAAGAGUAUCGGGAUAUUGAAGCAGAGAAAGAAUGUGGAGAAUUGUUGGCGUUCCGAUCAGAUCUCUACUCAGUACUUGAAAAAGGUCGUCAAUCCAAGGUAUUGACCACAUCUUUCGGAGUGGAUGUAGACAUUUGUACAGAAGAGGACAGCUCUUUCAAAGCAACAUUGGAAAAAUACGCGGACACACUUCCGGAUUUGUUGAUGGUAUCUCAUGUCAAUGUGCACGAUGCAAUAUCAUCAGACACUCAAACAGAGGGAGACUUGAACCUACAAGGGGAACAUCGAGGUGUUCGCUAUUCGCUUCGAUCGUCAAGGGGGACAAGAUGCCCACGUUGUUGGACAUAUCGCAAAGAAGCCGAAGAGGCUACGCUUUGUGGCCGUUGUGAGAAAGCGGUUAGCGGUCUGCAUUAG